CGGGGCGGGGGUGCCACAAAAAGCAAAAAUCCCACUAAGGUUUUGGCUCGUGUCAAAAAAAGCCAUCUGUCGGAUCCUGCUGUCUGUAUUUGUCAUGUAAUUUUCUUCUUAGAGGCCCCCAGCUAGAGAGUUUUGAGUAUUAAAGCCAAACGGGUAAAAGAGUGAAUUUAAACCCAAAAAAAAGAGAAAAAGAAAAAAGGACAGGAGGUCAGCAACAAAGAUCCUUCCUUGUGACGCAAAGCUUUUAAGGGAAGGGAAUGAUUAGCACCAUCUCACGGUUGAGUGCUGACAAUUUGACAUUUCCUCGUACUAGUAGUAGUAUACUAGUAUUUCAUAGUAGCCAAUUUGAUCAUAAACAUUCGAACCUGGCCAGUCGCCAUUCGCUAAUGCCCACUCUGGCUUCCUAUCCUAUCAAGUAGGGUGUAUCAACCAACGCAAGAUAGAGAGAGAGAGAGAGAGAGAUCCUCCGGAGAUCGCUCGUUCAUUCUAGCUAGCUCCCUGACCGGAAGAAGAAUAGUUAUCCCUUCCCUUCACUUCCGCUCCUCACUUUACUCAACUGGCUAGUCUGUUACACUCUGUAGCAAUCUGUGCAACGAGAGAGAGAGAUUCAUCAGCUAGCGGCAGAAUAUUACCAUCAUCAUGUCCCCAAUUGUAGUCAGCACUACAAUCCCUCUUUCAAAGUUGAUAAGAUUACUGCUAUCAUCAUCAUCCGCAACACCUACCCGAUUUGAAAUCUGCCUAUCCAUCCGUAAUAUCCCUCACAUAUGAAAACCUUUUCAGGAUCAAAACAACAAAGAAAAAGGGAGAUGGGCAGUGGCGCCAAGCAGAAGCAGCUGCCCAAGUGGAAAAUCCACUUCGAGAAAUCCCCAAAGCAAAAAAUCCAACCUCCUCCGGAAUUCGUCUGCCCCAUCUCCGGCUCCCUCAUGGUCGACCCAGUUAUUGUCUCCUCCGGCCACUCCUUCGAGCGCAACUGCAUCGAUGCCUGCAAGUCCCUCAACUUCAGGCCCACCCCCGACGGCUCCGUUCCCGAUUUCUCCACCCUCAUCCCUAACCUCGCCCUCAAGUCCGCUAUCCUCAGCUGGUGCCAUUCUACCCUCUUUACCCUUCCUCCCAAACCCCUCGAUUUCUGCUCCGCUCAUAACCUCGUUCGCACCUUAUUGCUCGCUUCCCGUUCCCAGCAGAAGCCUAAUCAUCAAUUAUCAGUGUUCUCCUCCCAAGAAACCGAGCCGACUCGGACGCCUAGUCAAGUUUCCACCAGCUCCGAGGAAUCCGUGACGGCCGCCGCUGUCAUCAGCGGGCCCACCACUCCUCUGCCUUUCACCACCCGCCCCUCUUGUUGCUGCUCCUCUUCGUCCUCCUCAGAUAUCGAGUCCUCGAAUCACCCUAGCUCCCUCGAAGAAGACGAGUUCGCGACCAAGCUCAGGAGCUCUCAAGUGUUCGAGCAAGAGGAGGCUCUGCUUUCCCUCCGGAAACUAACCCGGACCCAGGAGGAAUCCCGGGUGAAUCUCUGCACGGCUCGUCUACUCUCGGCUCUCCGGCCUCUGAUCACCUCCAAAUACGCUUCUGUUCAGGUGAACUCAGUCGCCGUUGUGGUGAACCUGUCCCUAGAGAAUCGAAACAAGGUCAAGAUCGUGAGGUCAGGGAUCGUCCCCGUGAUUGAUGUUCUGAGGGGUGGAUUCCCCGAGUCGCAGGACCACGCUGCCGGUGCCCUCUUCAGUUUGGCGCUUGAUGAUCAGAACAAGACCGCAAUUGGGGUGUUAGGCGGGCUGCCUCCGCUUCUACACGCGCUCCGGUCCGACUCCGAGCGGACUCGCCAUGACUCGGCUUUGGCACUUUAUCAUCUUUCUUUGGUCCAGAGCAAUCGGGUUAAAAUGGUGAAAAUGGGAUCAGUGCAAGUCUUGCUGGGCAUGGCAAGGUCGGGCCACAUGACGGGUCGGAUCCUCUUGGUGCUGGGCAAUUUAGCUGCCAGCGCGGAAGGGCGGGCGAUGCUGGACGGUGGGGCAGUGGGAUAUUUUAUGGAGAUGCUCGAGAGGGAGAAUUUUGACUGGGAUUCGACUCGAGAGAGCUGCGUGGGGGCACUGUAUGGGUUGAGUCACGGGGGGUUAAGGUUUAAGGGAUUGGCGAAGGAGGCCAACGCAGAGGAAGUGUUGAAGAAGUUGGAGGAGAUGGGAAGCGAGCGGUCAAAGGAGAAGGUGAGGAGGAUUUUGGAGGUUCUGAAACAAAAGGAUGAGGAGGAAGAGGCAGUGGAUUGGGAGGAGUUGCUGAAAUCUGACGAGGAGGAUGCGAGUUCGGGCAGGGGUAGAGCAUCAAUCCGGUGACGGGUCCGGUUCUUCUGCGGCGGUUGCAGUGCUGUGAACAGUCCGAUUCUCCUAGCAACCCAUGCCAUGCCAUGGUGGUGGAUGACUUUCUUGCAUAUGAUGAUGAUUGCUAAUGCAAACUUUUUACGAUUUUUGUUUUCCGAACCAUGGAUGUCACAUUCCAGACUAACAAGGCAAUUGGGCUCUUUGAUAGGCAGGGUUCAUGUCAAAAUCGGUAGCUGCAGUUGCAAAUUUCUUGGAUGGAGCAGUCGAAGAAGUCUUAGUACCACACCCUGGACAAAGUCUCUUCACCACUGGCUUUCCGGUAGGAAACCAGCUUCAAUUAAAGGGAAGCAUUUUUAAGAUGGAGCAGAUCUUUGUAAUUGCUCCCAUUCCUAGAACCAAGAAUUCCAGCUUCAAUACACGCUCCCUAGUUGACAGAGAACUGAAGUUGCCCCCCCUUCCCAACAUAGGAUUCUUUAAAUAAUGAUAAUAAUCAGGUCCCAAUUUUAUUUUCAACACAACAACAUGUAGAGAUCAAUCAAUCAAUCAAUCAAUCAAUCAAUCAAUCAUUGACCUACCUAUCUGUCUGCUCUGCUGCGAAUCCCAUAAACAGAAUAGUACUACUAAUUUGGGUUCUUAACAUUUUACUGAUAUUCAAAGCGUACUGUACUUGGUUUGGAGGCUAAAGGGAGGACGGAGCAGAUUUAUUAUUAUGUCCAUAGCAAAGUAAGGAAGUAUGGAGCUAAAAGCAAGGAAUUAUUAUUAUUAUAUGCAUCUGUAUUAUAGUACUAACACUAAUCUUAAUGGUGAUUUAUUUGCACUUGGCUUAUGAAUGACUAGGACGACUAGUGCUAUUACAGGAAUUUUUUUUUUAAUUUCAUUUUAAAUACUAGUAGUAAAUAUUUUGUGUAUGCAUAAAUAAAUUCUCUCAAUUGAAAAAUACAAAAAAAUGGUAAGGUAAGCAAACAAAGAAAGAACGAAAGAAGAGCUGAGAUCAACCAAAAUAUUUAAACGUACAGUCCCUCCCUGAAUUUUUCACAGUAUUGCACUCGAUCAGUUGUUGAAAGCAUCGCACCUUCGUCUAAUCUCACCUUCCCCUCCAGUCUUCACACCAUACUCGCUCAGCUUCUGCAUUGCCAGACCAAAUGCCUUGAAGAAUGCAUCCUGAUCCUUAGCGUACAGCUCCACGUACGGCCUCGUCCUCUCAUCCGAGUGCAAGCUUCGGUCCGACGACAAAACCCCCAGCCCCUCCGGCAAGUUCUGGAAGUACUUAUUGUCGAACUUGUUCGGGCUCAUUACGUCGUUGAACACCGACAACGUCGGAUUCUUCUUGUAAUCCGCACAAGCAUUUCUCAAUGCCGCCGCGAACCUCGGGUUGUAGGAGGGAUCCGACUCUAAGGCCCUGCUGUAGUUGUAGAUGUUUGAGCUGAAUUCCUUGCAAUGCGAGAAUCCUAUGGUGUGAGCGCCGGAGAGCGCCACCAUUUCUUGGACCGAAAAGCCCCUGGACCCGAAUAUUUUGAUGAUUUCAGUCAGGGACAUUGUGGGGAGGGGAAGAUUUCCUUGGACGGCGGAUGCUUUGGAGACUAAACCGUCCCGGCGGCCGAGUCUAACCGGGUAGUAAGGGCCGCCGGCCAUGGUGACCAGGUUGCGGGUGGCGACGGCCAAGAUGUCGGCGCAGGAGACGACGCCGGGCAGGCGAGCUCGAGGGCGGUCUUGGCGCGGACGACGACGUCGAAGCCGUCGCCAGGAGGGAGAGGUUAAUGUCGGCGUCGCGUUCUGCCUUGUUGAAGGGAGUGGAGGAGAUGAGGACGGAGGCGUCGCAGCCUUGGAGGAGGGCGUCGUGGAAGAAGAGGCGGAGGGUGGCGGCGGCGGUGGUGGGGGAGCUGAUCUGCUUGUUAGUGGUGGUGUCUUGUAUGAUCUGCUCAAAUCUGGGGCAGCUUUUCUGAUAAUAGUUGGUGGUGAGCUGCGGGGGCCGAAUUUGCCGGUAAUGGGAUUGGGAGGCUGAGGAAACAUCAAUGCAUAUUGAAGA